AUGGUCGCCAUAGCAAUAGAUAGAUUCUGUGCUAUACAUUUCCCGAUGGCUUUCAGAGUCAGAUUCACUCUUAGACGAACACGUAUUAUCAUAGUAAUUGUGUGGUUGUUAGCCUGCGUUGCCGCCAUGCCUACGGCUUUUAUGUUCAAGGCGAUUUAUGGUUCCCUUGGAAACAACAGCGUCACAUACAAAGGCAAGUCUCCAUUCGCUUGUAAACUUGUUCUACCAUUUGGUCCAUGGUUCUCCGACUUCAAAGCCGUCUACUUGAACGUGAUCUUGUUCUACCUACCGGUAUUAAUUACGGCAGUACUGUAUUCAUUUAUCGUCUACAAAGUAUGGAGAAACGGCGUCGCCAUGGCAACUAGCCGCCAAACAACUAAAAAAUCACACUCAAACGCUCACUGGAAGACAGCCAAGGUGUUGAUUGCAGUGUUUAUUGCCUACACCUGUUGCUAUGUUUUAUUAAGCACGUACAAUCUGGUGUCUCGGUAUUUUCCUCAGUUCUACCUGCAUCCUAUGAUUAAGAACGUCGGUUUAUUGCUGCCGUAUGCUAACAGUUGUAUAAAUCCGAUUAUUUAUUCGUUCAUCAACAAGACCUUUCGCCAAUCGGUUCGAACGCUUAUCUGCGGUCACACUGAUAAAGGAUUACGUAAUACUACCUCGACGUAUAUUUCAUCAUCUAAUAACCAUGAGAAUGUUGUUUCUAGGAUGUCACAAGAAGGCGUGACGUCACCGUUUGAGGUAGACGAUAAUAUUUAA